UCUGUGAUUUUAAAAAGUUUUAAACGAAUAACUUUUAUAUUAGUACAAGUAUGAUAUUUUAAAAAGUUUCGCAUUUAAAACUUUUGUGUUGAAUAACAUAACUAUUGUCGAAAAAGAUGGUUAUGUCUUUGAAGGUCUUGUUAUGUACUUUCAUAACUCUUAAUUUUAUUUCAACAGUACUUUGCAUCAAAUGUUGGAACUGCAGAUCUAGUAAUGACCCAAAAUGUGCGGAUCCAUUUGAUAAUUCCACCGUGCCUAUAACAGACUGCAAACAAGAAAAAGGGUUAAAACAUUUACCAGGAUUAAGACCAUCUAUGUGUCGUAAAAUAAGACAGAAAGUGAAUGGUGAGUGGCGUUAUAUUAGAGACUGUGCUUACCUUGGAGACGUCGGUAUACAGGGUGAUGAACGAUUCUGCCUUAUGAGAACAGGUACAUAUAACAUAUUUGUUGAAUAUUGUACAUGCAAUAGUAAAGAUGGCUGCAAUUCUGCAACUCUUAAAAACCCUAGUGUUCUUUUUACGUAUAUAAUAUUAACUAUUUGUAUUUUUUAUACAAUGUAAUACAUAUUUAUCCAUAUAUGUCUUAAAAUUUAUCCAUCCAGUAAGUAGGAAUUUCAAAUUAAAGUUAACAAUGUCUUUAUAAAAUAUCUAUUAAAGAUAUGAUGAUGAUAAUGAUAAUGAUGCUGAUGCCUAUGCCUAUGUGAAUUGCAAUUAAUUGUUUAAUUUAAGAUUGCACAAAAAUUCAUAUGCUCUUGGAAAUGUGACUUCUACUAAAUUAUGUAUGAGUAUCGUUAGUUUUUUCUUGUAGAAUCUUAUGUGAACAAACACACAUGCUUACAAAGAAAUGCACCACAGUGAAUGAUAUUUUUUUAAGUAGUAUUCAUUAUUACUGUAAAUCUAUAUACAACAUAAGUACAGUCAAAAGCGUUAACAACAACAUCGUUAAGAACAUCUUACCGGUUAUAUUGACCAAAAUCAAAGGUUGGAUUCUAUUAGACCAUCUUAUAAAAAGCACCGCUUUUUACUAUAUUGCUUAUUACGACAUUGCUUAUUACAACAUAUCUCUUUUUGCGAUUACAUUUAACUGGUAUUUUCGGAGAAUUCGAUCUCUUAGAAUCUCAUCGACCAGCGGUGUUGUAAACAUUUAAAUAGGCGACAGCAGCAUAGUAUAGGUAGUACUCAUGUUUAGGGUCUAUUGUACAUCUCAGAAACAAAAUAGGUACACGUGUAUGCAGAAUAAUCGACGUACAAGACCCGAUUUCUCAUUAGAAAGCAGAUAUGAUAAUAUAUAAGUAACUAACUGAUUGAAGAGAAAUGUCUCUUGGACAAUCAGAACACAAAA